AUGAAGCCAAAAGACGUGCUCGAGAUGGUUCGAGAUUGGAAUGGCGGGAUAGUCUUGUGGAUUCGCUACACCGAGCUGAUCAGGAAGGAAAAGGGUCACAAGGCGUUUCCCGUUGAGAAAACGUUGAAACUUUUGGACGAUCGUGCCCCAGAAAAAUCUGACUGGUACUACGUAGGUAUGUUUGACGAAAUGAGGAAGCAUGAAGACGUGCAGGAGCUAGCUGACACGAUGCAGAAACUUCGUUACAAUCAAAUGAUCAAGGAGGAGGGUGUUGAUAUCAGUCAAUUCGCGCGCCGUGUGCACACUAAAGAAGAGCCGAUCAUCAGCUUGAAGAAAGACUCCCCCACCUAUCGCGCUUAUCGAGCCUUCGUCUUAGAAUAUGCAGCUAUUGCAAGCAAGGAUCUGCAAAAGGCAACGGACCAUUUGUUAACAACAAUGCGAGGAGAUGAGCUGGCCAAGUACUUGAUCGAGUUGGAAGAAUACGUCCGUUUGUUCCUUCGUAGUGGUACAUAA